GUCAAAGCGACGCAGUUAUCAAAACAAAAAGUAAACAUUGCCGGUUAUCGAGAUGGGCGCCGAUGGCGAACAAUCGAGGGCGGAGUACAUAAUACAACAACUGAAUGCAACCAACGCGAAGAAGGUUGCACUACUCCUCGUCCUCGGGUUCAUCGUCUACCACGGUUUGAUUCAUCUGAGAUUCGGCUCCGAUUCGUGCAAGUGGAUUCUGGCCAAAGGACGAUUCAAAGGUGACCGGGAAUGGCAGCCGUACGGUUGCAUGAUGCACAAAUACUCCCAGACUGACGCUCGUCGAUGUCUGCGCUAUCUUGCCUUCUGGGGAAACCAGAACCAUGUUGUCUUCAUUGGCAACCUUCAAAUACGAAUGCUCUUUCAGUCAUUCAUUAAUCAGUUACAUCCAACCGACGAUGACAAUGGAUCCGUUUUCGCAUCCGAGGAUAAGAAAAGUGACGAAUUCGUGGAUUACAAAUUGAAACUUCGGGUGAACUACAUACGCGCCAACGAACUCUCAGAUAUAGUCCUCGAUGAGUUUGCAAAAUACGAACGUGAGGAUAGCCCUCCUUCUCUUAUAGUUAUUGGAUUCGUUCACAGUAAAUUCCAAAAUGGCAACCUGACGGAGAGUCUGCUUCAAGCAUAUGAAAAGAAUUUAACUCGAUUAAUUCCACCUUUUGAUAAGGUGGUGGCGAAAAAAUCGCGAGUACUUUGGAGACUACAAGACCGUGUAAAUGAAGAUAAGCUUCCAGAUGAGUGGAAGAACGUACAGAACGAUGAUAUCGAUAAGUAUAACAAAGUAGCCUACCAAGUUUUCAAGUACACAGCAGCUCAAAUUUGGGAAUCCUCGAAUAGUAUAGCCAACGGACUGCUUGACCAGGCGGUCGACGGUUAUAAGCUAAGCUCGUUAGCUCUAAGACACAAUGUUCAGAUUUUGCUGAAUAUGUACUGCAAUGAUUAUAUGAACUUCAACGAUGGGACCUGCUGCAGCAGUGCCGAACCAUACACGAUUUUACAAAUCGUUACUUAUUCCGUUUUCGGAGUUAUAAUUACACUCGCCCUGGGCAUUUUCCUCCGUCGAUGGUUCUUAUAUUUCCGCGGAAACACACUCUACAUGCCUUUGAGCCAAGGCAGCAAUGGAAACGUGGCUGUUGCCACGGAUUUCUCAAUUCCUAUUGUGGCUGCAGCUACCUUGGGCAUUAUUCUCGCUUACUUUUACCUCUGCGACCGGACAAAUUUUUUCAUGAAAGAGAACAAAUAUUAUUCCGAAUUUAGUUUUUGGAUCCCCGUUGGAUAUGUCUUCGCCUUGGGCCUAUUCUUUACAGAGGACAGUCGAUUCACGAAGGUCCUGAACAGAGAUCAAACUGACGAACUGAAAGGUUGGAUGCUCCUUGUGAUUCUCAUCUACUACAUGACUGGAGCAGACCGCGUGAUGCCUAUCCAAAUGCAUAUCAAAGUGCUUAUCAGCGCCUAUUUGUUUCUGAACGGAUACAGUCAUUUCACCUUCAUGUGGCAAACAGGCAAUGCAGGGAUCGUCCGAUUUUUGCAGGUCAUGUUCAGGACUAAUUUCAUAACAGUCAUAUUGUGCUUUUGCAUGAACCGUCCAUAUCAAUUUUAUUACUUUGUCCCGCUCAUAUCGUUUUGGAUAUGCAUGGUGUACUUUCUGCUGGCAUUGCCGCCGCAAAUAACAUCGCAGAGUGUCGAAAGUAACGGCUAUCACUAUCUGUACUUGGUGAUCAAAAUCGUCGGGAUCCUGAGUGUGGUAACAAUACUGUAUAUGUCCGAAGUGUUCUUUGAAAGGAUUUUCGUGACCAGACCUUGGAAAGCCUUGUUUGUAACAACUGACGAUGACAUACACGACUGGUGGUAUCAAUGGAAGCUGGAUCGCUAUACCAUCACCUACGGUAUGAUAUUCGCCGCAAUUUUCCACAUAGCUCAAAGGAACAAUAUCUUCGACGACAACAAUCACGGCAACCUGUUUUCUCGGCGUGUUUCUCUGAUCGGAACCCUAGCGGCAAUCCUCGGUGUCGGAUUGUACACUUCGUUCUCAUUCAUUUGCCGCAACAAGCUGGAUUGUGAUGAAAUUCAUUCCUACAUCGUUUUCAUUCCCAUCAUUGGAUACUUAGUACUUCGAAAUAUAUCGGGUAUACUUCGAACGCGCUACUCGACUUUUUUCGCGUGGUUCGGUCGAAUCUCACUGGAACUGUUCAUUUGUCAGUAUCAUAUUUGGCUGGCUGCUGAUAGACAUGGGGUUCUGGUGCUCUUGCCGGGAUUCCCGACUAUGAAUAUGAUCAUCACGACAUUCAUUUUUGUCUGUGCAUCGCACGAAGUGCAUCGUCUUACACAGGUCCUUUUACCAUAUGCGAUCCCAAGUGAUUGGAAAUUAGCUUUAAGGAACUUUGCCAUUUUCAUAAUUGUACUCAUUCCAGUUGCACGUUCCGAUGGAAUGUUUUAACUUAGAAAGAAGCAAAAGAAGCAAUUUUGAAAAGUUAUUAUGUAUUAGAAUAACCGCUGCAUGUUUGAAAAGUGAGUCGAAUUAUUGUGUUUGUUUUUGUAAGUUUUUUGGCUUUUUCGUUGUACUUAUAUUUUAUAAGCGAAAUAUAUUAAAUAUAUUAUUACCUAAAA